GUACGCGGCCCAAUCAAAGCGUAGUGUUAUACGACUAGCGCGAUCUUCUUGAACCCUGUUACGGAAAGCUCAAGCACGAACAUGCAAUCUAGAUGGCAUUUCGUAGUGUCCGAGCGUUACUCGUACAAUACGAUACGGCGUAUAGAAUAUACGCGGACCUCUUUUGCUGCUAGACAUAAGGCGUCCCUGUCUCUACACACAUCCACAUCAACUCCGCACCGAGGAUCACCUCCACAGCCUCAGGCCCUACAACACACCGACGACCUGUUCGAAAAGCACCGAAAGCCUUCAGAACUCAGGAUCGACGCCGCUCCAGAGCUUGUCUUUUCAAACACCUGUUCAGGGACCACUUCACAUCCACUAUGGCGGACACAACAAAGACCGAAUACGUCCUCUGGCCUUACACACCUUCCAUUGCCGGUGGAGCAGUUGCCGCUAUCAUCUUUGCCGUUCUCACAUGUGCUCAUAUAUUCCGACUCAUCAAGAACCGCACUUGGUUCUGCAUACCGUUCGUCAUCGGUGCUUUGGUACGCCUCGGCCUCGAACUUGUACCAUCUAUACUGACCUCCGCCCAGCUCGAGACAAUCGGUUACGCCGCACGAGCAGCAGCACACAAUGACACAGUCUCGAAGACACCCUAUAUCAUCCAGUCUGUCCUCAUUCUGAUCGCUCCCAUCCUUUUCGCUGCCUCCAUCUACAUGAUCCUCGGCCGUCUAAUCAUGCGCACCGACUCCGCAUCUUAUUCGCUCGUCCGCGCCAACUGGGUUACGAAGGUUUUCGUGACUGGAGAUGUCUUUUGCUUCUUCAUUCAGAGCGGCGGUGCUGGUAUGCUGGUGCAGGCGAAUGACAAAGAUAGUGUCAAGAUGGGCGAAAACAUCAUACUCGGCGGCCUCGUCCUUCAGAUCCUGAUUUUCCUGUUCUUCGUCAUCAUCGCAGGCACUUGGCACCGCAGACUGGAAUCCAGGCCCACUGCUGCCUCAGCAGGCAUUUCAUGGCAGAAGAUGGUUCAUUUCCUCUACGCCGCCAGUGCCUUCAUCACCAUCCGUAACAUGUGCCGUGUCGUCGAGUACGCCAUGGGUAAGGAGGCAUACCUUCUCCAGCAUGAGUGGACGCUGUACAUCUACGACUGCCUGAUGAUGAUAGCUACACUCGUCGUCUGCAUCACCUGGUACAACCCCAACAUCAAGCCUGGUCGUAAGAACGACGUCGAGUUUGGCAUGCGCCGAUAAGAUGAGGUGUGCACCUCUGUAGAAGUGCAAACGAAGCGCUCCACAGAUGUCGCAUCCCUGCUUGAGCUCUACGAGCAGUGAACGACGAACUAAUUCGGACAGCUGUAUUGUCUACGUCGGAUGAUCAUGCGCCCCUCGUUG